AUGUCUCAAAAAAAUCUUGGUCCCUGUUCUGUUUGUAAUUGCCAAAUAGAACCAAAUCAAUAUCGCAGAAUCACAGAAUAUGCUUUAAAAAAAGUAAAAGAAAAGGGCACGUUUGAUCAAUAUAAUUACUUAGAAGUUGGAAAGCAAUUAUACUAUCCUCAUUACUUAGAAAUUGUCAAGCCUGAUCGGCAUAAUAAGUUAUUAAUUAGCAUUAAUAAGCAAAAUAAUAUAGUCGUUAAAAAACUAUUAUCAUUUGAAUUAAAUCCGGAUCAAUUUCAGAAAAUGCUUGAAGAUGCUGAGCCACAAUUGGUAGGAUUCUUUAAUGAGCUAUAUGACGUAUUUAUCCCCGAAAGAUGA